UAGUGUGUGAAUAUUCAGUUUGGCAAAUUCGAAAUUCGACGUUCGCAGAAUGGAGGCAAAAUCUAUGCAAUUACCUAGACUUCAAUUGAAGGAACCUGAUGAAACGAAAAAACGGAAAAUGUAUAAGCAUUGGACACCAAUACGAGCAGUUCAAGAGAACUGGCCUAAAAAAGGGGAUGCGAACUUAAGCUACUCUGAAUACCGCAAGAGAAUCACCAGAUUCGUAAACAGGCAAAUAAUACUGAGCCAGCUAGACUCCGACAGUGAGGCAGAAAGGGAGAAAGAAAUAGAAGCAAAAAAUGUCGAGGAAAAUAUCUUUCUAUACGGGGACAUCAUUCAGCGACAAGAGUUAAUCAACGAAGGACUCGACGAGGCAAUGCUACAAACCAAAAAAUUAAUUGAUAAGGCAAUCUUCAACGAGUUCCAGAUGGUUAACGAUAUAAAGCGUGAGGAUAUCUACGAUCAUAAGCUCGCAAACCCCAUAUCAAUGACAGAAUGCUAUACUGGUACACAUACUUGCGACGAAUCUCCAGCAACGCUAGAGCAAAUGAAGGAACGGUUGGACAAGACAUUCCCCGAAGUACAUUUGCAAGAAUAUUUGAUAUAUUCAGGAACUAUCCACAUCAUUGACGAUACGUUUGAAGAUGAUCUAGAGCUGAUUGAAGACCUCUGCCAUCUAUUUAGCCAGAAUAUUGGACCUACACUGGCCGUUUGUGUCGAUGGUAAACAGUUUUAUUGCCAUUCCCUGCUGCUGGGCACGUUGUCUAAUUUCUUCAACAAUCGCGAUUUCUCGCAUGUGCUUUAUUUGCCUGGCUCGAGGAUACAGGCUCGUGCCUUUGUCAACAUCUAUCGCUGGAUGAUCGAGCCGAUUCAGUCGAUGUCGCUCCGCCAGCUCGUUGAGCUGUUGCGCGGUGCCCACUUCCUGGCAAUCGACGAGCUAUGCAACCAAUUGUGGGACUUCACCCAUGAAUUGCUUCAGGAUCGAAAUCACAUUAUCCCUAUGUAUACCGUAGCGCAACGCGGGUGCAUUACCGUUGACAGGCUUCUAUCACCCUAUGUGGGAUACGUUUUUUUGCGGUAUGUAGGCAGCACAGAAUUUCAGAAACUGGAGGCACACAAAGUAAAACGGAUGCUAGAUGCGGACACGCUGGGAGUGAAUUCGGAAAUAGAAGUACUAUAUGCAGGGGCACUUUGGCUGCAGGGUAAUUGGCCGCUCCGUAAACGCUUUACCGGCGAAGUAAUUAGUUCUGUACGCUUCGAGCUUAUGCCAUUUAUAUUCAUAUUGAGCUUUAUAAGAGCCAGGGAUGGACCGCCGGCAUUGAACGGCAUCCGACGUUGUCUGGCGGUGCACAAGCAGGUAUACGACGGACUUACGGCACAACGUCACAAUCCUUUCAAGCUUAAAGGUAAUACUGGCAUGUAUCCUCGCGAUUGGAUCUACGAUCCAUCUUGUCCCUAUCAUCAUGGCCACUCUUGCAAUGCAUGGCGCUAUGUUUCCUACAAGCAGUUCCUCUUAUAUGUCAAAUGGAUACAAACCCUCCCAGGUCUACAGCUAGAGAAUAUCAAACACUAUACAGACGAUGACAUUGUCUGCUGUUGAAUCUGCCUGCGAUUGAA